AUGAAGGACUCGGAUGCAUCCCCGUCGUCGCCUGCAGACGCCGCGCUCGCCCUGCAGGGUUCAGGCAGCAUCGCCAGCACAUCCAGCAGCGUCUGGAAUACGAAAAACUUGGGCUUCCGUCUCGGCGUCGAUGCAGUCAGCGCUGCGUGCGCCGCUUCUAUGGUUGCGCCUCUGAUUGCCAUGAUUGACCGCUCCGUCAUGGAAAAUGCCUCUGGCCGCAGCUCCCUGGCCUCCUCUAUCGCCUCUUCUAUCCGAACACUCCUCCGCCGCCCGCACACCUUCCUCUUCUCAAAGCCCACGGCCCUCAUCUUCCUCGUCUACGGCUCCACCUACCUGACGGCCAACACUGUCGACACAUCCUUCUCCACGCUCCACAACCGCCCGGCGUCGUCCGUCACCGCCGGCGCCACAAAGUUCGCCGCCUCGUCCGCCGCCAACAUCGGCAUCGGCAUCUACAAGGACCAGGUCUUUGUCCGCUUAUUCGGGCCUCCCGGUGUCGUGCCCCGCGCCGUGCCCCUCCCGGCCUACACCCUCUUUGCAGCCCGCGACUGCCUUACCAUCUUCGCCUCCUUCAACGUCCCGCCCAUCCUCGGUCCCUACCUCGACUCGCGCUUUUCCGACCAGGUCAAGGCCCGCAUGUCCGGCCUCUCCACAGCCCAGUUCUUGGCCCCGGCUGCCGUGCAGUUCAUCUCCACGCCGAUGCACCUCCUCGGCCUCGACCUGUACAACAGCCCGUCCACCACCGCCGCCGCCGUCUCAAUGCGUGACCGGUGGGAUGCCGUUCGCCGCAACUGGACCAUCAGCUCCUUUGCCCGUAUCGGCCGCAUCGUCCCGGCCUUUGGCAUUGGCGGCGUUGUCAACACGAAAGUGCGACGCUCCCUGAUGCAGAAGCUCGAGUAA